CUUCUAUGUCUAUAUAUCAUUCAUCUACUGCAACUGAUUACAGACCACAAUCAACAAGAUGGCUCGAGAGGCUAACCACAGUUGCUGCAAGAAGGGCCCUGGUUAUGCCACACCGGUUGACGCCAUGGCUGGCCCCAAAGAGUCUCUUAUCUACGUCACAUGUGUCUACACAGGAACAGGAAAGGACAAACCAGAUUUCCUAGGAACAGUCGACGUGGACCCCGCCUCGAAAACAUAUUCACAAGUCAUCCACAGGCUGCCAAUGCCUAAUGUAGGCGAUGAGUUGCAUCAUUCCGGUUGGAAUGCCUGCAGUUCAUGUUACGGCGAUUCAUCUGCCUCGCGUCGUUUCCUCGUUCUCCCGGCUCUUGUGUCGGGUAGAAUAUACGCUGUUGACACACAAAAGGAUCCGCGGGCCCCCACCUUUCAUAAGGCGGUUGAGCCCGCUGACAUCGCGAGCAAAACCGGGCUCGCGUAUCCCCACACCGCUCAUUGUCUUGCUUCUGGUGACAUAAUGGUCUCCUGCCUCGGAGACAAAGAAGGGAAGGCCGAAGGGAACGGUUUUCUUCUUCUCGACUCAGAUUUCAAUGUGAAAGGAAGGUGGGAGAAGCCUGGGCAUAGUCCAUUGUUUGGUUAUGAUUAUUGGUACCAACCUCGACAUAAAACCAUGAUUAGUACAUCAUGGGGUGCCCCGUCUGCUUUUACGCAAGGAUUCAAUCUUCAACAUGUUGCAGACGGUUUAUAUGGCCGUCAUUUGCACGUAUACAGCUGGCCAGAGGGUGAAAUAAAACAAACAAUUGAUUUGGGACCUGAUGGACUCCUGCCAUUAGAGAUAAGGUUUUUGCAUGACCCGACUAAAGCUACAGGGUUUGUUGGAUGUGCAUUGAGUAGCAACAUGGUUCGGUUCUUCAAGAACUCAGACGGAUCAUGGAGCCAUGAGGUGGCGAUGAAAGUGAAACCUGUAAAGGUCCAAAACUGGAUCCUACCAGAAAUGCCCGGGCUUAUUACGGAUUUCCUAAUAUCUCUUGAUGAUCGGUUUCUAUACUUUGUGAACUGGUUACAUGGGGAUAUUAGACAGUAUAAUAUUGUGGACCCUACAAGUCCUGUUUUGGUGGGCCAAGUUUGGGUCGGCGGGCUGUUUCAGAAAGGAAGCCCGGUAGUUGCUGAGAACGACGAUGGUACUACUUAUCAAGUUGACGUUCCACAAGUCAAGGGACACCGAUUGAUAGGGGGCCCGCAGAUGAUUCAACUGAGCUUAGACGGGAAACGUUUGUAUGUUACAAACUCGUUAUUUAGCAAAUGGGACAAGCAGUUUUAUCCGGAAGUUGUGGAAAAAGGAUCUCACAUGUUACAAAUUGAUGUCAAUGUUGAAGAGGGUGGACUUUCUAUUAACCCUAAUUUCUAUGUUGACUUUGGAGCUGAACCUGAUGGACCUUGUUUGGCUCAUGAAAUGAGAUAUCCAGGUGGUGACUGCACCUCAGAUAUUUGGGUAUAAACCAUAAAUAUGGUCACUGCAAAAGUAAUACUAAUAAAGCUAUUUGACAUAAAACUUUGAGUUAUGUACUUUGUAUUUGAAAUGAAGUUUCCAUUUUACUUUUUGAUGUUGAACUGAA